ACAGUUCCGAUCAAUAAUGCCUCCCUGCCCCCAACAGUCUCAGCAAACCUCUGUUAGGUCCAGUCCGGAUCCUGACACCAUCAUGGCGACUCUUUUGAUUUUCUUUGUUUUUAUGAAUUUGGACGUACUUCUGAGGAUGGGACACUGCACAGAGACACGUGACCAGAUUCUGUCAAUCACCCCAAAAACACAAGAACACGUGGACAUCUUGAGGAACAUAUCCACACAGUAUGAGACAGCCUUAUGGCAGCCUGUUUCACCUCAAUACAUCAAAGAAGAGACUCAGGUCCACCUCUUUGUUCCUGCAAACAGCUCAGAGACGGUCAAGGAUCUGCUUCAGAGACACGCAGUAACACAUGAGGUGUUGCUGGCCAACGCUAACGAGCUGAUCGAAAUGCAGACGAGGAAUGACUCCACUGACCCACGAAGCGGCUCAACUUUCUACGAGAGAUAUCACAGUCUGGAGGAUAUCUAUUAUUGGAUAAAUAGAACCGCUCACGACAACCCCAACAGGGUGAAAAUCAUUCUUGUUGGCUCUUCAUAUGAGAAGCGACCACUCUAUGCUCUGAAGUUGUCUUUCAAUAACAGGACCAAUAAGAAAGCGAUGUGGAUCGACUGUGGGAUUCACGCCAGGGAGUGGGUGUCUCCUGCUUUCUGCUUAUGGUUUGUUCACUAUUCUUUGUCGUUUUACAACAUAAACCAAGACAUCACUCACAUCCUGGACAACAUGGAUGUCUACGUCCUGCCUGUCCUGAACCCGGAUGGAUACAAGUACACCUGGACAUCAAAUAGAAUGUGGAGGAAGAACCGCUCUAUCAGCAAAACUACUUCCUGCAUCGGAGUUGAUCUGAACAGAAACUUUGAUGCCAACUGGUGCACGGAAGGAGCCUCUCACGAUCCCUGCACUGAGAUCUACUGUGGAACGUUCCCCGAGUCCGAGCCGGAGUCUCAGGCCGUGGCCAACUUCCUUCGUAGCCACAAGGACACAGUUCAGCUCUACCUCACCAUCCACUCCUACUCCCAGAUGCUGCUCUUCCCGUAUUCCUGCACACUGGAGGAAGCAGAGAACCACAGAGAUCUGCUUGAGAUGGCCCAAGAAGCUGCACAGAAAAUCCGAAGAUACUACAGGAACAUCUACAGAUACGGUGCAGGAGCAAAGACGAUAUACUUUGCUCCUGGCGGUUCGGACGACUGGGCGUACAACCUCGGCAUCAAAUACUCCUUCACGUUUGAGCUCCAGGACCGUGGGCGUUAUGGCUUCCUGCUGCCACCGUCUCACAUUUCCGGUGCCUGCAAUGAAGCUCUGCUCGCCGUGAAGACGAUUGCCCUGAAGGUUAUACAGAAAACACAAGCUCCAACGAGUCCUUCUCCAACUUUCUGAGAGGCUUCACCUGUUGUUAAGGUUGCCCAGGAUUUGCUCUGAACCCGAUGGAACCACCAUCUCCUAUUUGGUCGCCGGUUCAGCAAGAUGCUUCAGAAAACACCACAAUUUUGUCUCAGAAGAUAUGGAAUUAAACUAGAUUUUGUUUUGUGUAUCGUAAUCCCCCUGCUUGUUCAAAUGUGCUUUAACUUUUGUCACGUCUCUUUGUAAUGAUGUGCCUUGAUUAAAAGAGGUUUUUAUCUCAACCUGGUAAAUAAAAAAAUCACACAUACAGUAUGUAAGUGAUAUAACUGAG